AUGAUGUUACUUGCGGAGAAGCAAUUCGAAAAGACGAUUAAAGGUUGCUUAGUAUACCAAGGCGAUGGAACUUGUGAAUGGUUAUCACAAGAGGACACUGCAAGUCCAACUGCUUUGCAUGAAGCAAUCACCACUACUUGUGUUAUUGAUGCACACAAAGGUAGAGAUAUAAUGUCAAUGGACGUUCCUAAUGCUUUCAUUCAAACUUAUAUGGCUGAAGCUAAAGAAGGAGAAGAUCGAAUCUACAUGAAAAUCACUGGCAUGAUGGCCCAGAUAUUGAUUGACAUGGCCCCAGAGUAUCGCGAAUACGUUGUUUAA